AUGUUCUUGCAACGCUCCGCCAUCGCCGCGGCUCGCCGCGCCGCCGUCUCUCCUGUCAUCGCCCGCUCCUUCACCACCUCCUUCGUUCGCCGUGAAGCUGCCAAGGGCCCUACCACUCCCAAUGAGCAGGCUGCUGCCCUCGCCGGCACCGCCCAGAAGAAGGUCGGCGACUACAAGGUUCUGAAUGAUAUCAGGACUGAAGAUGACCUUUUCGGACCUGGUGCUCGCCCUGGUACCGUCCCUACCGAUCUCGAGCAGGCUACCGGUCUGGAGCGUUUGGAAAUUCUCGGCAAGAUGGAGGGUGUUGACAUCUUCGACAUGCGCCCUCUUGAUGCCAGCCGUAAGGGAACCAUGGAGAACCCUAUCAUGGUCCGAUCCGCCGGUGACGAGCAGUAUGCUGGCUGCACUGGCUCCCCUGCCGACUCUCACGUCGUCACCUGGCUUGGCCUCUCCAAGGAGCGUCCUAUUGAGCGAUGCCCUGAGUGCGGCAGUGUCUACAAAAUGGAUUACGUCGGCCCCGAAGAUGACCACCACCACCAUCACGCCCCGGAGUUCGAGGAGCCCAAGACCUUUGCCGACUUUGUCAAGCCUGAGUACCGAUAUCGAUAA